AUUGAUUAUAAUUAUUACCUCCCCUAUUUCUUUAUUCUCAAUAAUUUUUUUUGCCUGUUGAAAACACUAAUUUGUAGCUUAUUAUGCCGCUAGGGGCGAAACCAGUCUGCAUUUCAUGUGAGUGCAAUGUUUCGACGCUGUGGAGGAGAGCGACUAGCGGCGAUCCAUUAUGCAAUGCUUGUUACAUUAAACAGAACGAGAGUGGCAUUCAGACGAAUGAAAUUCAGAAUGGAACUUUAACAGGCAUCAAAUCAAAUGGAAAUGGUAAUGGUCCAACACUCAGAAAGAGUUCUAGGAUAAAGCCAUCGAAACACAAGUUCAUAUCAGCAACGAGAGCUCUAGCUACAAAGGGAAGGAGUCGACGUGUUGUUUUUAAGAAAAGUCAACCUCUCAAAGCGCCAACUGCAGUAGCCACAGUAGUAACUGGAGAAAGUGUUUUUCAUGAUGGAAUGUAUUACCAGGUUGGGGAUGUAGUCUCCUUAGUAGACCAUGACCUGUCUGUGUAUUACGCACAGAUUAGAGGUUUUAUGCAGGACCAGUAUAAUGAAAAGUCAGCAGUAAUCUCAUGGUUAUUACCAACACAGAAUAGUCGAGAAGGGAACUUUGAUCCAACCACAUAUAUAAUGGGCCCAGAGGAGGAUUUACCCAGGAGUAUGGAGUAUAUGGAGUUUGUAUGUCAUGCUCCAUCAGAGUAUUUCAAGUGUUCAAGUGGACCUUAUCCAACUGUAUCACAGAAACCAGAUUUAUGUUAUAUAUGGACAACAACAGAAAAUCUUAUAAAGCCAUUACAAUCAAUAGAAGAAGUAUUCAAUGUGAAGACUGUUAAAAAAGAAAAGCCAGCAGAAACUAAACCAACAAAAAUUAAAGAGAAAAAAGUAGAAAAGAAACCUGUAGAAAAAAUGGAAGUGGAUUCAUGAUGAAAAUUAUUUUUUUAAUUUCUAUUUUGUAUACUUGAAAUAAAUGAUUUAUGAGAUGACGCCCUGCUAAUUCUGAUACUAUUUACAAACUAUUAAAUCAUUGUUAAAAAAAGACAAUAGUAGGUACUAUACUGUUUAAUAUAUCUGUUUUGUAUUGCAGUAGAUAACCCAAUAAAAUAUGUUAUUGAGUUUCUUGUAAAUGUUCAAUUAUAUGAUAAUUUUAUCAAACGUUCAGGAAGAAGCUGAUGUAAAACUCAAACUGAUGAAAAAAUCACUUGAAUCAAACUGUUUAAACCUAUGAAACCAAUAAAGAUUGUUGAAACAGUCCAAUUCUUAGAAAAUUUAUUGAUAAUAUUAACAUUGAACUGAUAGACCAUGACCACUUGCUAAACAACAUAUGAUACUGUAACAUGUGUAAAGAAUGAAUUGUCUUGAAAAUUGUAAAAUACUUGUAUUGUAACAGUGUGAAUGUGGAGACGAAAAACUUAACUUGUAAAAUACAGUAUUGAAUGAAUUAAAGCAAUUGUAAAUUACUGAAGUUACACCAAUAAAGUCAGUAAAAACUU